AUGACUAGUCGACGCAGUCCCAAAACACCCAUUGUUGCUCCUCCUCCAUCUUGCUUUCCCCUUUCUGCCUCUUUUUACCCAGCCAAAAGUCAUUCGCUCUUUGCAUUUCGGCUUUAUCCCUCUGUCGUAUACAUAUUUGCGCGUCGACCUUAUCUUCAUCUUUGUGGUCACGAUUUUACCGGUUAUGGGGUGACUUGGCGUCGGGGGGUAGUAUUCAGCAAUGCUGCAGUCCAACUCACUUCCACUUAUCCUCGAGUGAUGCCCUAUUACUCACUUUCUCAUCGGCGGAAAGCCUACUCCUCCACAUUCUCCAGUGUAGGGGGAAUAGGUGGAAACCAUGGAGGGAGUGGUGGGGAAAAGAGAACUCAGGAUCUUUUUGUCGGUACUUCUGCGCCUUCCAAAGUUGCAGAACACGAUGGAAUCCUUGGUGUACCUGGAGGUGUUACUACUCUUCCACCUCGCAUUCCUCGAUUUAAUGACAUCGGUGUUAGACCACGACGUUGGAGGCGACGGCUAUCCAGCAUUCUUGGUCGAUUAUCUCUCCUCCUCAGCGCUCAUUCCUUCACGGAAGGUCCAGUACAACUAUCUGCGUAUUAUGGCGGGCGAGAGUUUAGUCGAAUUCAGCCAACUCCCAGCUCUGUAGCUGCUCAACGAUCAGGCGAUGGUGACCUGGUAGUAGAUCCUACUCUCAGCGUUUUUGGUAGUGAGACCGCAGCAGGAAGUAGAAGUGGUUAUGCGGGAAAGAGAAAUCCUCUCGUCUUUGAUGUAUAUGUGGUAAUAGAGGAAGGUGUAAAUGAUACCGAAGUACUCCCAUAUUACUCCCAAAAAAAAUCCUCCACUUCUGAUCUUCAGGAAAAUCUUCUCCCCCUUGAACCUUCUUCCCGGGUAGUAAAUAAGAACAUUUCUUGUUGUUUGCAGUAG